AUGUCGCAGCCUCGUGAUAUCCCGCAGAAUCUCAGAACUUCAUACUUCCCGGAUCAAGGCUACAUCUCAACCAGCCCCACCCAGAUGUCCAGCAUGGGUUCACCCCAGUUCCCUAAGAUGGACUACACUAAGCGUGCAUCUACUCUCAGCCGCAAGAAUAGCGACGACUACAAACGCUACAGUGGAACCGUCAGCCACUACGGUCGUCACUCAAAUGACUGGCUAUUCGGUGGCUUCAGUAUUCGCGAGACUGUUCGUGACAGCCUCGAUAAGCUCCGCAGCCAGGACAAAGAGAGCUGA